ACGAACUACUCUCAGUGUGCCUAACAUCAAUUAAUUUUUCAACAUUUCAUUUCACCGCCAAAAAAACGAGAAAUGGUGUUCUUCUGCUUUCUGGUGGACCAGCAGCGGCAGGUGCAGCGGAGCAAGCCGGCGGCGGGGAUCUGCUCCCGCUGCGGCGGCGGAGCCAGCGUCGCCGACAUGAAGACCGCCACCAGGUUCUGCUAUGUCCCCUUCUACUGGAAGUCCUGGAGAGCCAUCGUUUGCACUUUCUGCGGAGCCGUUCUUCGCUCUUACCAACACUAAAUUCAUUCAUAUAUCAGCCACUGCUUAAUUCUGUUUCCAAUUACUAUUAUUAUUUCCUUACACAUGAAGUGCCAUCGUCAUAUCAUGUAUUCAUACUAACUUCCAACUCUUUCUAAUUCCUAUGUAUUAAUUCUUUCUUUCUUCUUGUUCUAUCUAAUUAGUUAGUUUCCCUAGCUUGAAUUCUUUUCCUAGUUACAACUUACAAGUUAGAACUCUCCCUCUUAAUUAAUUUCUUUACGUGCUUGAAUUAGUAUAAUUCACCUUUAAUAA